AUGUCAAAUUUAUCUCACAGCAGCUAGUCAUCAAGAAGUUCAUCUUAAAAGAGAAAUAAUAAAAGACCUUAAAGAGAGAAGAAGAAGAAAAACAAUUCAGAAGAUUUUGAUAGUCCAAUUGACGAUGAUGACUUAUCAUAAUAUGAUGGUAAUAUGUAUUCGUAUUUUAGGCAUGAGAAUGAAGAAUAAAUAACAGCCCAUUUUAGGACCCAAUAGAUUCAACAAAAGAGAAGCAAAACUAAGAAAACCAAUCUCAACUUAAACUCCAGCUACUGCAACAUUUUUAUAUAAACCUGGCUCUGAAUUACCAAAUCUAUCAAACUAUAUUAAUUCAAUUAUUGAUAUUAAAAUAGCCUGUGAAUAUGUUAAUAAAAAUAAUCCUGCACUUAUAUUACGUCAAAUAUGGGGUUCUAAUGGAGCUUAUGCAAGUCAUAGUGAUGCAGUUUGUAUUGGCAUCCAUGCUGGAUUAUUAGCUUUAGGAGACUUGAAAUUAACUAGUGCUUUUUAUUAGGGAGUGAGUUUAUCUUGUAAAGUUAUUAAAGGAAAAAAAUCAUUAAAUGGAUAAAUGAAAGUGCCUUUGUUAUCUAGAUCUUUGAAGACUCCUUGUGCUCAUUGUUUAAAGCCAGAAAAAGUUACUUGGUUACCUUAAUUAGGUUCUCCAGAAUAAUUGAUUAGUUGGGCUAAGAAAAUGUCUUUGCCUUAAAAUAGAAGAUUAACUAAGAGAAGUCAUUCAACUGUAUAUUUACAUGAACCUCCUUAAAUUUCAUAUCCAGAAAAUUUAUUAGUUAAUAAUUUACCUCCAUUAAAUGAGGGUUGGAUUGUAUGGGAUAUGUGUAAUGAGCCAAGUUAAAAAUAUAAUUUACUUACUUUUAUGGAUAGAUAAACAAUUCAAGGAUUACCUAAUAGAACUUCAUUUAAAUUAAAAACCCAUUGUUUAUAUAUUGAAACACAUAAUAAAAAGUAAUUUAAUUCAUUUUAUGAAGAUAUGAAAUUUCUAUGGAUCCUUCAAAAAUUACAGAAGAAGUAUUUCUAGAUUCUAAUGUAUUCACAAUAUAAGAAGUGUUAUAUCCUUAAUAAUCAGAUAUUGAAAUGCUAUAAAAAUUUGGUGUAUGUUCUCAUUUUAAUUAUUAUAAGGUACCUUUGCCAAAAGAAUAGAAGAAUGUAAUUUUUGAGAAAUUAAAAUGGGAGAGUUUCGAAUGGGGUAAUGAAAAUGUGAUUAUUAAUGGGUCUUUCGAAAUACAAGUUUUAAAAAGCUUUAAGUUUGUGCCUAUAACCAAGCAUUAACAUUACGAAAAAUGAA